AAUUAAAUUUUAUUGUGAAAGUAAAAAUAUUAUGGCAGAUAUGCGUAUCAACGUGAAAUUGUCCGAACGGCUGUCCCCGCUAGUGAGACCUGUUAACUACAAGCUUGAACUACGACCCGAAAUAGACAAAGGCGUAUUUCAGGGCAAUGUUGACAUAGAAGUUGUUAUCAAACAAGAACGAAAUUACAUCAACCUCCAUUCAAACUUCUUGAACAUAAAAGAAGUAAAUGUUUUCAAAGGCACUGAUGAGGUUCCAGUCGCAAAGUUUUUGGAGAUAAAACAAAUGGAACAAUUGUUCAUUCAUUUUGAUUCAGCGCAGAGUGCAGGGAAUUACAAAAUCUCUAUUAACUUUGAUGGCGACUUGACACGAAACAUUGUUGGGUUUUAUUCCUCACGCUUACUUGACUCUAGAACAAUGGUUGCAAGUAAAUUCCAGCCAACUUAUGCAAGACAAGCAUUCCCUUGCUUUGAUGAGCCAGACUUCAAGGCUACCUAUGAUAUCACCUUGUGGAAGCCACCUUCUUACAUUGCUCUUUCUAAUAUGAAUGAAAUCUCAAAAACAUUUGAUGAGAAUGUUCAAAUGGACAAAGUUACGUUUGCAACUAGUGUGCCUAUGUCCACCUACUUGGCUUGCUUUGUUGUCUGUGAUUUUGAUUACAAAGAGGCUGACAUAAAUUCUGGUGGUAUCGGACGAAAUUUCAAACUCCGAUCAUUUGCUCAGAAGCAGGAUCUACACAAAAUCGACUUUGCUCUGGACAUUGGAAAGAGAGCCACUGAAUUCUACAUUAACUACUACAAGGUGCCAUUCCCUCUGCCAAAAUUAGAUAUGAUUGGCAUCCCGGAUUAUGUUUCCGGAGCUACUGAGCACUGGGGCCUGAUCACAUAUAGGGAGACAUCAUUCCUCGUCGACAAAGCUACAGCCUCGGCUGCAAAUAAAAUAAGUGUAGCAAACACAAUCGCACAUGAACUCGCACACAUGUGGUUCGGAAACUUAGUUACAAUGAAAUGGUGGGAUGAAGUCUGGUUAAAUGAAGGAUUUGCUACUUACAUGCAAGCCAAAGCCUUGGAAACUAUAGAGCCAAGUUGGAAAGUUUUGGAUAACUUCUUAACUAAAGUUUUGCAUCCAGUUCUAUCGAUUGACGCUAAGCUUUCCAGCCACCCGAUAGUACAAACAGUUGCCACUCCUGAUCAAAUUACCUCCAUUUUUGACAGUAUUUCUUAUAACAAGGGAGCGUCAAUCUUAAGGAUGUUAGAGGGAUUUAUUGGCCCAGAGAAUUUUCGUCAAGGAGUCUCGGAUUACUUGAAGAAAUACGAGUUUGGUAACACUGUCACUCAAGAAUUACUUUCUUCAUUGGAACCUUAUUUCAAAAGAGACUUCCCUGAUUUGAAUCUUACGUACAUAAUGGACACUUGGACUCUUCAAAUGGGUUACCCAGUGUUGGAAGUAAAACGUGAUGGAGAGUCCGACACCUUCACAGUAUCGCAGUCACGGUUCCUAAUCGAUCCUGACGCAGUAUACACCAACGACUCUAAGUUCAACUAUAAAUGGUUCGUACCCAUCACAUUCAAGACUGAUACAACUACAAAGAAUGAAGUUACCUGGUUGGCUGACACAGCUCAAGAUGUAAAAUUGAAAACAAACCCGGACGAUAAAUGGCUGAAGAUAAACAUCAACCAAGUGGGUUAUUACAGAGUCAACUACGAUGUACCCACUUGGCAAGCUCUCAUUGAGGCAUUGAAGUCAAAGACUCAACAGCUCAGUGGCGCCGACAGAUCACACCUACUGGACGAUGUAUUCGCUUUGGCUGAAGCGCGCGCUGUGCCUUACAGCAUAGCUUUGGAACUUACCACUUAUUUGCAAGUAGAAGACGAACUGACUCCUUGGCAAUCAGCUGGUUCUGUAUUUGGUGCUUUGGAGGAUCGAUUGCAGUAUUCUUUGGUGUAUGAUAAUCUAAUGAAAUACAUUCAGCGUAUAAUUCGUCCCAUUUACGCAAAGCAGAACUGGGAUGCAGUAAACUUGCCCGUUCUUGACAGCUUACUACGAACAAAGAUAUUAUCAUUGGCUGUCCACUAUCAGCUUCCUGAAGCAGUAGAGAAAGCGAAGAGUAUGUUCUAUCAAUGGCUAAAUACUCAUGGCACACCGGAUCAUGCGCCAAUACAACAGGACUUGCGUGAAAUGGUGUAUUAUAACGGUAUGAAGUCCGCGUCUAUGGCUGAUUGGGACAAGUUAUGGGCAAUAUACAAGAAAGAGGAGGACGUCCAAGAGCUGUUGAAACUUCGUCGAGCUUUAGCUGCACCACGUGACACUACUAUACUGCGCAAAUUCUUACUGAUGGCGUGGGACGAGGCUAAUAUCCGAAGCCAAGACUAUUUGACCGUAGUAGUUCAGAUAAGCGCCAACCCUAGUGGCUCGGCGCUAGUGUGGGAUGAUGUGCGUGCGCGCUGGCCACAACUAGUGCAACGAUUUACUCUCAACAGCCGGUACCUUGGGAAUAUAAUACCCGCUAUCACUGCGUCUUUCAACACUGAUCUUAAGCUUAAAGAGAUGGAAUCAUUUUUCGGUCUGUACCCCGAAGCUGGUGCAGGCGAGACCGGCAGAAGACGAGCAUUGGAAACAGUGAAGAACAACAUACGUUGGAGUACAUACCACUUGAAACAAGUUACUACAUGGAUCGACGCCAACUAUCAAUCCUGAUUCUAAUUUCAAGGGCAUUUCUACUGAAUUAUAGAUAAGUAAAAUGUAUUUUUAAAUUUGAACGAAGUCGGGUAAAAGUUUCUAGGUAGCUUGACAUGAUGAUAAAUGUGAAAAUUAACUUUAG